AUGGAUCCGAUGAUUCUUCAACCGGCCUGCUUGGAUUUGGCAACUUUGAAGAAGAAGGAACAGGAACUGGGGUUCUUCAUCCUGCCCAAUAACCAUGCCAUCCAUCAGAUUGCUGACAUAAAACAUGGUUCACCAGCACACGGAAGUUCUAAAAUCGAAGAAGGCGAUGAAAUUGUUCAGGUGAACUACCAGAGGGUGGUCGGGUGGCAGCGCAAGAAAGCGAUGAUGCUGCUGCAGGAAUUGCCACCCAAGAUAGUGCUAACGCUGAAGAAGCGCCCUCGGCACACGAAGGUGAACUACCAGACGGUGGUCGGGUGGCAGCGCAAGAAAGCGAAGAUGCUGCUGCAGGAAUUGCCGCCCAAGAUAGUGCUAACGCUGAAGAAGCGCCCUCGGCACACGAAGGUGAACUACCAGACGGUGGUCGGGUGGCAGCGCAAGAAAGCGAUGAUGCUGCUGCAGGAAUCGCCGCCCGAGAUAGUUCUGACGCUGAAGAAGCGCCCUCGGCACACGAAGGUCUACGGCCAGAUCUACAUGAAGCCGUACCGGCUGCCGAGCAGGAAGCGCAGCGGCCACACGUGGUCGACUCGAUGGAACGAUAACAUACCGUCGCCGCGGCUGUUGCCGAUCAUCGACCUGCCUUCCAUCACCAUAUCCAAGAUCGACGAUUCCGUGGAGAUCCACGAUGUGGAAACGGAGUUGAGCAGCAGCGACAGUGAGCCGCCCGACAGUCCGACGGACGCGAACGGUCGAAUGUAUCCGCUGAAACCGCGGCCGAUACUGCAGCGGCGCAACACCAUCACCGGUGCCACGCCCACCAACAAGAGACCCCAUUAG